CCAGUGAGCCCGAGGCGGGGGCGGCCGCGGAUCAGAGCGCGAAACAUGGCUGGGCUAGGUGGCGGCGUCCGUGGCGGCGGCUACAAGAACGACGGCGAUGAGGGCGACGAGGGCGUGCUGCAGGCGGCCGUGCAGGUGUUCGCGAAGCUAAAGGAUCUCAAGUGCCCGGUCCUUGAGGGUCUUUAUAUCACAGAACCUACGACCAUUCAGGAACUGCUGUGUAGUCCCUCGAAGUACCGCUUGGAAAUCCUGGAGUGGAUAUGUGUUCGGGUCUGUCCGUCCUGGCAGGACAAGUUCAGCUUGCUAAAGGGGGCCCCAGUCGAGGUGAAGGUCCAAGAGAUGGUGAAACUCGGCCAUGAGCUGAUGCUGUGUGGGCUGGAUGACCAGGAGCUCGUGAAGGCUGAGUGCAGGUCCAGGGAGACCAGAGGAGAGAACAUGGGCCGGGCCUGCGCCCAGAAGCAGUUGCACCUCCUGGACCAGCUGCUGGAUGCCGUCUGGAGCCUGACUGUCGGAUACUCCAGCUGCCCCAGUGUGAAGGAGCACUUAGAGGGCACCAGAGAGAAGAAUGAGGCACUGCUGGGGGAGCUCUUCUCCGGUCCCCACCUGCAGACACUCCUGAGCCCAGAGUGUGACCUGUGGCCCCUGGACAUGCAGCCACUCCUUGACCAGCAGAGCACUGACUGGCCGAGGGCCAGCCCCCCUGUGCAGCCUGAGGAGGGGAAGGUGACGGAGCUGGCCGGAAAGUUGCGGGAGAGUGCUGCCACGCUGCAGAUGCUCAGGGCAGAGUGCUUUGCACAGCACAAGCAGGGGGCUGCUGUGAAUGCGGCUGACCCCAGCACCCUGGACCAGAAGCUGCGCCUGGUCAUCUCAGACUUCCACCAGCUCGUCGUGGCUUUUCUUCAAGUCUAUGAUGAUGAGCUGGGUGAGUGCUGCCCGCGCCCAGGCCCCUACCUCCACCCGUGUGGCCCCAUCAUCCAGGCCGUGUACCAGACUCUGACGUCGUGCAGCCAACUGUUGAGAGCGGCCAUGGAGGUCGCGGACACCUCGGCCAAAGCCGUGGAGGCGGCGGAGCGGCAGCAAGGCGAGCAGAUCUGUUGGGGCAGCAACGGCUGUGUCAUGAGUCUAGUCUUCAGAUACUCCUAGUGAACACGGGUAAUGCACCCCUCCCCCUGGCAAGCUUGCCAAAGGAUGCAGGAAACGUGUUGAGACAUAAAGUGUGUUCCCAUCAUCGACUGUGCCCUGAGGAUGGGGCUCCCGGUGUCGUGGUGGUGAGGCCCGUCCCUGUUGGCUAACUGUGGCCUCUGUGCCAGAUCGGAUUCUUCUGACGUUUCUGUUAUUGGAUGUGGCGGAUGAGAUCUGCAUUUAGUUUCAAUUAAACUUUUCUUCUGAGUAAAUUUACCAUUUUAUUAUGGAAAUAUGCAUUCAGAAAAGCUCUUUUUUAUAAGAAAAAUAGUGCUUAGUGAGGAACCUCAAUUCAGAGGGAGUAGAAUAGGAAUGGGAUAUAGUUGGGUAUUUUCCCUGCACUCUGGCCAACCCCCUUUAUUCCAAUUCAAGUGAUUUUAAAGUGAAUACUUGGUUACCCAUGACCCAGGUCAAGAACUAGAACAUGAUAGCACCCUAGGAAGCCCCAUGGGGUGUCUUUUCCCGUUGACGGCUAGCUGCCAUCCUAACCAGAAGGUGGUGACGUCUCUGGGAGACUCAUCUGCCAUGCGUGUCUGUCAUUUGUUUGUGUUCAUCGCCCCGUAGCUGGCAAACUCUUAAAGAGCUGGGUAGGAAUCUUGUGUUCAGCUUGUGAUGUGAACCCAGCUGCGGACCCCGUGGAGACCCUUCCAUGGGCCCUCUGCUCCUCUGGGGCUCAAGAGCCGCUUGGUCUUUGGCUCUGGACAGUCAGAUUCAAAUCGGUCUUGGUGCAGAUGGCCUUGACUUUCUCCCUUUCGGAGUUCGCCGAGUUUCUCGGAUAGGUAGCCUCACUUCUCAUCAGCACUCAGCCAGACAGUUGAUGGCUCUUCCUUCUCCUUCACUUCCUGCUUGUUCUGAGCCUCGAGGUCAGCCAGAGGCGAUUGUUCAGGUCCUUGUCCGUCCUCUCCUGGGAACUGGCACAGCCUUGGGUGUGCAUGUGGCCUUCUAGACUGCCAGGCCUGCGGAACUCCUCAGAGCCCUUGUGGACACCCCACUCCCCACCUGCUCCCAAGUCCUGGCGUUUGCUUGUAAAUGUUUACCUGCAGGGCACCCCCAAGGAGUGCCUUAAGGUCACAGAGCCUCUGAGCCCUCCCUCUGUGUGGACUUGCCAGCCAGCCCUCUCUGCGGGCAGCCAGCUGCCUUGGCCUUGCCACGUAUAUACCGGGUACUCACAGGGUCUCUUCUCUCUGACGGACCUGCCACAAGCUCAUCCAUUUUAAAAUUUGUCCUAACAUUUAUCCUAGUCACCACUGUCACUGUGACUCCCCCCGCCACUAUACAUAAUUGCUGUUAAUAAAAUGCCAUCAUUAAUGGAAUGAUGGUCCUUAGUGUCCUUCACAGGACUGCUGGAGGGCUAACCGUGACGUCUGAGCUGUGUGAACCCCUCCCUCCCCCUCCCCCUGCGGGGUGCCCCACAGAGUCAGCCUUGAGAUCCUGGCCCCCUCGGUGGGUCUGGAGAGUGGGGAGGGAAAGCGCGGCCCCUCCAGAUGUUGUUUGAGAUGAGUUCUUGGGCCACAGACAGACACACCAGGGAAGCAGUCCAUGCCGACUCCAUGCCAGGGCCAGUCGGAACGGCCUUCCCGCCUUCCCUGUGUCCCACCUGACCGAACCCAAGGCUUCGGCUUGUGGCCUCUUCAGGACCUGCAGCUAUGGGAGGUCUGCACGUCUGUGGCCUUUCCCUCCCCAGGACAAGAGGCUGGGCCACCUCUCUGUGUGUCAGUAGCCAGGCUCCAUUGGUAGCACAUCCCCACGUUGCAGUGGGGGGCUGGGUGUGCCCGCUGGGCCUGUGUCCUGAGCCAUGCUGCUGCAUGUGUGGAGAGGGCCUUAGUGACAUGGACUGGGCUGCUCCUCUCAUCAUUGUUCACCAGUCGCCAUCUCUGCUGAGUGGACCUGAAGCCCCAUUUGCCUUGGUGCGGAGAGCAUGGGAGGGGAGUUGAUAGCACCAACACGGAGAGUUGGAGAAAGCCACAGACCAACCAGGGGAGAAGAGUAGGGCCUGUCUGGUAGAUGGGCUGCUGUCCCAGGACCGUGUGGCCAGCAGCCCUGUGGGGCAUGGGGAGGGGGCAGUGGGGAGUGGGCCGGAAGCAGAGGGUGUGAGCAAGGCCAGUCUGUAUAGAGUGGUGCCCCCAGUGAGACUCUUGCCUGUCCUUUCAUAAAGAAAUUGACUGAAAUAAAUGGCUAACCCAGGCUCCUGGCAUGGCUUCGGAAUCCCAACUGAAGCCCACUUUUUUCUGGUGCAAGUGUUCAUGACAUGAUGGUCAUGUCCAUUGCCUUGACCCCCCCC